UGAUGAAAGUGCUUUGACUGACAAUCAACAGGGAUGGCAGAGCUGCCUGCAGUGACCCCUCCAGCAGAUGAGCUGCAGCAGCUAGUGGAGCAGUGCUGAUCUCCCAGGGCCACCAUGAAGAAGAUCUUCAGCUUUACCAAGAAAAAGAAACAUCCGUUUGGGACCCCUGAUAAUGGGAGUGUGCUGUCUGCCGGCUACGACCUGAAGGAGAAGGAUCUCAGCAAGGUGCACAAGGCUGCUUACCAGGGGGACUUGGCAAAGCUGAAGCAGCUCGCUAAGAAGAAUGACAUCAAUCAAGUCGACAAAGAGAACAGAGCUCCUCUUCAUAUCGCCUGUGCCAAUGGUCAUGCUGAGGUGGUGCAGUUCCUUGUGGGGAGCAGAGCCAAUCUUAACCUAUGCGACAAUCAAAAUAGAUCCGCCUUAAUGAAGGCGGUCCAGGGCCAGCAUGAGCACUGUGUGAGCAUAUUGUUGGAAAAUGAUGCUCAGCCUAACCUGGUGGACGUCAAUGGUAAUACAGCCCUCCAUUUAGCAGUAAACAUCCCAUCUGUAUCCACCGCUGUGCUAUUGUUGCAGCAUGGGGCUGAAAUAAAUGCCCAAAACAAGGAGGGUUUUACGCCCUUGACUGUAGCAGUCCGUGAAGAUCACAUUGAAAUGGCUGAGUUUCUCCUAAAGAAGGAGGCAGAAGUAAAUUCUGUGGACCGAGACCAAAGGUCUCCAUUAAUGGUAGCUGCUGGCAAUGGACAAAUCAGUAUGGUGAAGCUGCUCCUGCACUUUAAAGCAGACAUCAAACUCAAGGACACUAAAGGAUGGUCGGCUGAUGACUAUGCAGUCAUGAACGAGCAUCAUCCUUGUUCCCUCCUGAUCAUAGAUCACGGUACUCAGAGAACUGACGGGGCCUCAGGAUCACAUCAAAGUCAGAACAAGAAGAAGAAAAUGUUGGGCAGUCCCUCCCAUGAUGUUGAAGCAGGCUUCGCGUUGGGAGGACCGGCCGCUGACAAAGAAGAGCAUGGAGCAAAUGAAGCAGGGGGAGAUUUUGAAGACAAUUCGCAGUCAGAGUCAUUAAGUCGAGUUUCAAAAAGUGCUGCUGAUGAAUGGCUGACUUCAGAGGAUGAGGACGAAUCGGCUUCUUUUGAAAAGAAACCACUAAAAGUAAACCUAAGCAAAAUGAUUGGAUCUAAGAAGGGAAAAGCCUCCGAUCUACCUGACACAUCCUUGAGUGGCACAGAAUCAGAGUCAGAAAAUGAAAUUAGAGUCCCGGCAGUUCCAGCUCCGAAGGCUUUGUCUUCCUCCAGCACUCUGCAGCACCCAGUAGAUCCUCUCCCAGUUCCCUCCCUUCCCAAAGCACCCCAGAUGACUUCCGCUCUUCCAAACUACAGAAAGAGGAAAACGAGAAAGCUCUCAGAGCAGCACCCCGGUAGUAAUAAAGGGUCAGACUCCCAAGAGGGAAGCUCAGCUGGAGAAGAAGAAGAAGAAGAAGAAGAUGAAGAGGAGGAGGAGGACGACGAAGAGGACGAAGAGGAGGAUGAGGAAGAAGAAGAUGAGGAUGAUGAUGAAGAAGAUGAAGAGGAGGAUGACGAUGAUGAUGAUGAAGAAGAAGAAGAAGAAAGUUAUGAAAAGGAAGAGAAUGAAGAUGAGGAAGAGGAUGACAGUGCUAGGGCUGCUGUCCAGGCUGACACGGCUGAAUUUGAAGAUACGCAGAAACCCUCCGUGACUGUUGAGAUCUACAACAGGCCCGGUACCGUCUGUCACAACGCUGGGACUCCCGUUGAAGCUGAAGCAGAUACUGAAAACGCUGACCUGAGUUGCUCUGCCGGAACAGCAGCUUAUGCAGUCGCAACAUCAUUAUCCGGAGCAGACGACUGCGUCGUGUCGGCCAUCAGGGUAGAAUCCAAAUUUUCCGACGAGGACGAAAGCCUGGAGAAGGAAUCCCUGAUGUCAUCGGAUAAGAACGUCCUUUUAGGGCAAGGUUUAUCGGAAUCACCUAGAAAUCGCACAGAACCUUUAUCAGGUGGCGAGGCAAAAGCUGAUGACUCUGAAAGACAAAAGGAAAAAGAUGAAGCUGAUGAUGACUCGUGGAACGAUACAGAAAACAGCGGUGAUAAAACGUGGAAUGACAGCGAUAAAGAGGAGGGUAAAACAGGACUUAGUUGCAGCGCUUUGAUUGCUCUUCAGAGAAACGUGUUAGCCAAGGUUGAAACAGAAAAUGCUGAGAGUCAGUCUGAUGAAGAUGCUGAAUCAAAGGCUGUUAAAGGUGAGAAACACUUGUCCUCUUGGGGGUCCUCUCCAGAGGGCAGUGACAUUGACAUGCCCAAAAAAAGUGAGGGAAAUGAGAUCGUUCAACAGAAAAUUGAAGUCCAAGUACAAGAUUUGGAGCCAAAGGAGACUAAAAUCGCACCAAGUCCAGAUCACGAUCGACCGAAUACUUCAUGGGAUUCUUCAUCCGCCUCUAUAAAAUGUGUUUCGCCCAAGAUGGUCAUAGAGGAAUCUAAAUCAUUUGCAGGGUUGAGUUCAGUCAGCUCUCCUAAGUUAAAAAACAAACCAUGUCUAGAUUCUGUAAAGGAAUCAGAGUGGGAUUCCUCUGAAAAUGACCGGAAUGCUAUCAGCCCUGUCAUUAAUAGUGACGUGAUGUCACCAGACUCAAAGCCAAAUGUUUUAACACCAAACCAAACCGCAGAAAAGCAAGAAUGCUCUUGGGAAGAAGAGGAUAAGGAUUUUGGAGAAGAGUCAAAUGACCCGUCCCCCAUGGUGUCUUCUGCACCUGAAGGUGAAGACACGAGCAGAAACCAAAGACUCGAUGACGACGACGACGAUGCAGAGUCAGUGGCACGCGAGACACAAAUGGAAAGAAAAACAGACUCAGACACUGAGAACGAAGAUAAUAGUUGGGAUGAAGAAGACGAAAGUGACGAUCCAGAAAAACAGAUGACGAUGAAAGCUGAACUUCAGUCUAGCCCGGUCCAUUUACCGUCACAACAGUCGGGGACUACAAACGCUACUGGCAAGAAGUUUGUUACAAAACAAGACAACGUGGUGACUGAUUACAGUAAUGAAGUGGCUUCUCAUUCUUUUAUUGAUGAAAAAGAUGAAUCGGUAGAAGAUAGCAAGGCAGAGCAUGAAACACUGGCGGUUGACAGGAAAUCCAGUCUGAGAAGAGAUGAGAGUGAGGACUCCGACAGCGAGCAUCAAAAGCUGCUGUAUGACUUUGUCAGCACCACAGUCAAAAAGCUGGAUGUGAGAGACGACACAGGUGACGCUGUUGAUGGAUGUCUGCAUGAAGAUAAGACGGCAGAGGAGAAUGAGCCUAGAUUAACAUCAUACCUGCCACUUGAAGAUGCUGCUGAAAACAGGCAGGAAUCACAUGACCUUAAUAAAGGACCAACGAGGGAAAACACAUUUUCCAGUCCACCCACAAGAGACUACACCAGUGGUGGAGAAGGUGUUUUAGGCGGGGACGCCUCUGAAGCGCUACCUCAGACUGAUAUUGACGAUGUUGGUGUAGAUUCGUCUGAUGAGGCGGAGGACACGGGCACGGACGAGCAUGAGCUCAGACACAUUGAAGAGCCUGAUCUUCAGACAGACGAUUCCACUGAGGAUGAAGACAACCUGGAAGAUGAGGGGCAAGUUGAGGAAGGAGACAUUUCAGAGGAGAAUGAUAAGCCUGGAGAUGGCGGGGAGUCUCCUGCUUCUUCAAGAGUUCCUGAAGCUGAAGCCGUCAGAAAUAACAAGAGAGAUUUCUUGUCUGAGCUGGGUCUGGAGGAAGGGGAAGAAGACCAGGAUUCGAGGGGCUCUGAGUCACACUCUGAAAACUCCAACCAACCAAAUGAAGAGAAAGAAGGUUUACAUACCCACAGCCAAGAGCUGCCCACCAGAGAGCAAGCACCCAAAGAAAACUUGUUUUACGUUCCUUCGUUUUUAAGAGGUAAGGGAGGCGUCGGGAUGGCAGAGCUAGAGCCUCACAGGCGUGUAGGCAGGCCAAAAAGCAGCCAGGGAGAGGGCAACAGCGAUAAUGAUGACAAUCAAGAUGGAAUAGUUGAUGAAGACGAAACCACGCAAAAAGAGAACGGGAAGGCAAAAUGGCAACCGCUUAAUGUUUUAAGCAAACUUGAAAAAGACUUCGAUCAAAAGACGGAUUUAAUGGAAGACCUGGGAUUAGGCGACGUUGACGAUCUUGAGGGCCAAAAAGCAGAUGCGUCAGACUGGGAUUCUGCCAGUACUACCAGUAAAAGAACCCUGCCUGGCCGCAGACUGGCCUCCCCUGGACUGGAAGAGUUUCCAGAAUGUUCCAACUUAUCUGCUAAUGAGGAGGAAGAAGACACUGCCUUCGUAGCGCCGCCGACACCACAAAGGAACAUCAGCUCUGACAAUAAGCCACCUAGCACGCCCUCCAAAUCUGCUCCCCAACCCCAUCCCCGAGCAAGGACGUUGGUGAUUCAGAAACCAGAAAGUGAGGAAGAUUCAGAUUGGGAACCAGAGAUGACUUCCUCCUGCAAAGCUUCUCCAGCUGACAAUCAGCUGCAAACUAGAGCUGAGCCCUCCUCUGUGGUUAAACCAGGUUCUCCUGAGCCGAAUCUGAUGACAAAAGACAGUAAAAGUAGCACGCCGUUUGAUAAACAUCAACAAGAGGACAAAGAUGAUACCGUAGAUAGAUGUGAGCUAGACGUGAGCAGCUCUGACCUGCGUGCACAUGGUGACUUUAGAGGUCAAAGCGGUCCUGAAGACAGAGUCGCUGUGAAUGAUGAGCUCCCAUGGCAGAAGCGUUAUGAGAAGCUCUGGGUAGAGGUGGAGAAAAGGGAAGUCAAAUCCACCUUCAAGAGUGUUACCGGUGAACUAAAAGAAAGGUUUGGAGAACUGCGUAAAUCAGCAUGUCCUCCAGAAAUCCCCGCAGAAGAAGUCACGUCUGCGCUCAUCUCUGCCGAGGAAGAGUCAAGUGAAGAAGAAGAAGAAGAAGGGGAAGCUGUUGUUGGCCCUACAGCCAGAACUAGGAGUACUGUCCUUCUCAGCAUACCUGAACAGAGAGAGUCUGGACUGGAGGAAUCUGCAACAGAGUCACAUGACAGCUCCGUGUGUGAGGAGGGCGUGCAGGACUCUGAGCAGCCGGCCAGCGACAGCAGCAUCUGUCGGGGGCCACGUUUACCCGCCGUGACUGAUCUGGGAUCUGCUUCCUCAUCGCCCAUGGCAGAACAGGAGGAGAGCAGGGACAGAAGUCCUUCCACCAGAGCUCCUGAUGAUGCUCGUCCCGUACCUGCGUGUGCUGCCGACCAGAACUCAGUCUUAGAAGACAAGACCAAGCAACAACUUGGUGAAGAAACAGCAAGGGCUGCAGUGGAGGUUGAAAACCCCAGUGUUUCUUGGGAUAGUGCUGGAGCGACGCUGGAAGAAGUUAAUUGUGAGAAACCUGAGCCUGGUUUACGCUGCCCGUCAAGUCCAGCCGGAGUUCAUCAGGAGCAGCAUCCUGUUGCUGCAAGGAGUGCCAACAGGGCUCCAGUGCAAAUGCAUCUUCCAGUCCAGCAGGCCUGCAAUGGCAAGAAACAAGAGAAGCAAGCUGUAGAAGAGAGCUCAAAGCCGGAGCUGGUCAGAGGGGCCCGGCACCGCAGAGCCCCUCAGACCAACACGCAUGUUAACGGAGAUCCUCCCUCUGUGUUUGACGAUAGCUCUUUAAGUGACAUGUCGGAUGCUGAGGGAAGGUUGCAAACUAGUGAACAGCAGAGAACCAAGAACCCUGAAGACAUGGGCCUGGCCGAGGACUUUGAUGAACUCACUCAGUCCUCAGACACAGCCACAGACGACACGGACUCGCCCACCUCAGGCUACCGGCAUGCUUCUCUCCUCAUUCAGAAGCUCGACAUGGCGACUUUGGACUCGACCACCAUUGCAAAGCUGCAGAACAUUUUCCAUGAAUAUGAGCGCUCCAUCCAAAAAGCGAGGAGCUCCCAUGGGAACGUGACAGACAAGGUGAACCAGCUGGAAAUGGAGAGGGCAGGGCUAAAGAUCUCACUGGAGGAAUCAAGGGAUGAUAAGUCUGCACUGGAGCGCAGCCAGCUGGAAUUAAAAACUGAAGUCACAAACCUCAAAUUUCAGCUGAAAAAUGAGCAGGAGAAUCGGCGUAAUGCCACCAUGCUGUACAACACGAACAGAGACAAGCUGAGGAGCAUGGAGGAGCUGCAUCAGCGAUUGGUCCAGGAGAGGAAGACGUUGGAGCUGGAGAUGAGAACGCUGAUCAGCAACAUGAAACGGCUGGAAGGCGACCACAGCGAGGCCCAGAGGCUGCUGGCUCAGGAGCGCAGUGCCCGGACGCUGCAGGAGAAUCUGCUGAACACGCACAUACGCAAGCAGCAAGAAAUAGAGGAGGAGAGCAAAAGGAACGAGAGCAAAAGCAAUGAGGCUUUGUCUCAACUCACCGAGGCCAGUGACAGAGAGAGGGAGCUGCUCCAGCAGUCGGCCACGCUGCAGGAGCAGCUGUUCAUGGCCAAGAAGGACCUCGAACGAUUGCGAGCAAACAGCAGUCUGAAAGAGAACCAUCUUCUGGAGGAGAACGAGACGCUUAAGGAACACGUCGAAGACGUCCGACGGGAUCUCAAACUUAGCAACGAAGCCGUCACUCAAACUGUUUUCAACUGCAAUAACCAGCUGACCACUUUAAAGGCUGAACUGACCCUAACAACAACCCGGCUGGAAAGUGAGCGUCACACACGCGAAUCGCUGGAGACGGAGGUCGACUUGACUCGCAGUCAACUUGCCGGAGCGCUCAAAGAAGCGGAACUUUCCCAGACGGCACAUGCAGAUGCGGAGAAGGCUCUGCUGCGGGAGAAGGAAGAACAGCAGCGUCUCAAAGACAGACUAACUGGUGAUACAGCUACAUCACGUGAAGCCGUCAGCAGCCUUUCCCAGAAGCUGGCCAAAGCAGAGUCCGAUGCAAACAGAGUUGAAAACGAGAUCCACCGGGUCACGCUGCAGCUGACGGAGAAGAGUCUCCUCCUGGACGUCCUCCAGCGGGAGAAGGACCAGGCAUCCUCGCGCGCGAAAGAGCUGGAAACGGCUCUGCAAGCAGAGAAGGAGUCCGUUGGGCGCGCCAAAGCGCGUCAGGAAGCAUCCCAAGAGCGGCUCGCCCAAGCCCAGAGCGAGACCAUGCUACUGCGGCAGCAGCUGGAAGAGGCCCAAAACAAAGGAGUCGCAAAGGAGCGGGCUGUGACCGAUGCCCAAGAGAGGUUCAGCGACAUUGUGUCCAAACUGCGCUCUGACUCCGAAGAGAGGGUCCAGCUAGUGGAGGAGAGGAACAAGGAGCUCGCCGGCAAGGCUGCCGACCUCCGGGAUGACAUCUACAAGUUGGAGGAGGAGAAGAAUGAAAGAGAGACUAAACUAAGGCACCUGCAGCAGGAAUUAGCCGACUCCCUCAAGAAGCUGUCGAUGAGCGAAGCUUCUCUGGAGGUGAACACGUGCUACCGCAAUGACCUGGAGAAGGAGAAGACACGGCUGCUCAAAGACCUGGACAGGCUCAAGGGAAAGCUGGAGGAAAGCGAGGAUCAGUAUGUGCAGGCAGAGAGACGCAUUAACGGCCUCAAGGGCAGUCUGGAUGAAAGAAACCAGGAAGUGGCCAUCGCUGCUCAGAAGCUCCAGGGGGCGCUGUCUGCCUCAGCAGCUGCUGAUAUCACCAUCAAACAGCUGGAGGAAGCUGUGCAAAAGCUGGAGAUCGAGAACGCCAGACUAGAAGCAGGAACAAAGCAGCAGUCCAACAAAAUCGAUGCUCUUCAGAAAGAGGCUCAGGAAGCUGCCAUGCUAACUGACUGCUCAUCUGGCGGAGGGGUCCGUGGCCGUUUGGAGGACUUGGUAACAAAUCUCCAAGGCAGUAAGAUGACUUUGGAAGACCAGCUGAACAGAGAGGUCCAGAAGCAAAGCAAUCUGUCUCACACCGCCCAGGACUCUCAGGCUCUGUGGGAGGAGGAGCUGAAGAGCCGAUCAAAGCUGGGACUGCGCCUGGCAGAGCUGGAGAAGGAAAAAGGGGAACUGACCAGCCAGAUGGAGAUAGAGAAGAAGAAAGCCAAGAAAUCGACAGAGCAAAAGAAGGCCAUCGACAUUCGUCUCGAUCAGGAGAUGAAGAGAAACACAGAGCUUCAAAAAGAAAUGUACAGGCAGCGCACUUUACUGAAAACUGCAAAGAAGAAGCUGCGGGAUCAAGAGGCUGCUGGAGCAGAGUUCGGGUCUCCGUCCAACAGUCUUCGGCUGGACCUGAGCCGGCACAGCCAGGCCGACGGCGCCGUCGGGAGAAUGAAGGACAAGGUGGACGAUCUGCAGGUCCAGCUGGAGAAGGAGGCGUAUCGCUGCAGCCAGCUGGAGAAGCUGAACGGGGACCUUAAGGAUCAGGUGGUCUCCCUGAGGAGUUCCAGCCACAGCAGUGAUCAGCUGGAGAGGAGCAAGAGGCUGCUGGAGGACGAGGUGCUGGACCUGCGGCGGAGGAUGGAGACUGCUCAGCUGGAACAAAGCCAGGUGGAGCAGUAUCGCCGCGAAGCGGAGGAGAGGGUCCGGCAGGAGAUUCAGCAGAAACUACAAGAGGUCAACCUCUUCCUCCAGUCCCAGGCAGCGUCUCAAGAAGCGCUAGACCAGAUUAAAGCAGUGAAUGACGCCAAGCUGCGUUCUCAGCUGGAGCAGAAGAUCCGGGAGCUGGAGGGGGAAGUGGGUCGCGCCCGCAGCACUCAGCAGGACAGCCUUAACCAAAGAGAAUCCACGCGCUCCGAGCUGGAGCGCUACCAGCAGCUGUACAAAGAGGAGCUGCGCCUCCGCAAGUCCUUAGCUGCAAAACUGGAGAGGGCCAACGGUCGGCUGGCAGACGCCAACUCCAAGCUGCUCAGUGAGCGCAGCAGGUCUUUUCUCACCAGCAACGUCACCAACGGGAGCCUUGUUGGGCCCUCGCUGGACCUGAGUUCCCUGGGUUCACCAGCGCACUACGGGGCCCCGCUGGGGCCCCUCAACCGCAGCCUCAACCUGGGCUUUUCCCUUCUCAGUCCGGUGACGGAGAGACCCAACAAAGGGGUGGAGGACUACCUGGCCAAGGUGCAGAGUGAAUUGGAUAGAAACAUAUCAGAAGAAUUAAGGAACGCCACGGCGGAGCUGGACGCUGCGCCGGCCCGGAUGUCGCCCGUGGGCUCCGUGGACCCCCUGAGCAGAGCAACGCAGCAGUACCUGGAGGUGCUGAAGAAGAACAACAGGCUCUGAGUCGCCUUCCACGUCCUCAUCCAGCCAUUAAUAACUCUGAAGCCAACACUACCAGUCCUUCUAUUAUUUUUUUAUCAGAUUUUUAUGGAGGAAGCGUACGAUGCACAUUGCACUUACCCACUCAGGAGCGAAAGGCUUGAAUACGUGAAAAGUAUUAGUUUUUUUGUUUUGUUUUGUUU